UCAAAGAGAAUAAAUGAAGCUAUGGUCCUUUGAGUCUUUAUAGAAAGAGUCCUGAGUUUAGAAGGAUAAAUCAUAAAAGCAGUUGGUCGUUAACAAGUUAACGACAUACACAUGCUUGCAGGGAGAAGAGUGAGACAAAUUGAACAAACAACUACCACAAAACCUACGAUUUACUUGAGCAGUCUGACGGGAAAUUGUAGGUUUCAUGUUAAUUCCUCACUGUUACCAGUUCCAUGACCAGAAAGCUUAACACCUAAGCUUUUCUCUUCUUCUUUUUCUUGUGUAUUCUGAAAAUCUGGCCUAGAGAGAAACCAAAACCAAGGGGAAGACAUCAAUGGCGGAUUCAUCCCAUGGACCUGCGAGUUUCAUGGUUCAGGCUAACGCCUUGCUCAGGAAGAACCUCACUUUCCAGAAACGAAACCUCAGGACAAAUAUCAGGCUCAUAGCAUUCCCAUUUUUCCUCUGUUUGCUACUAGUUCUCAUCCAACAUUUGGUGGAUAAUGAGCUGGAUAAGCCCAAGAACAAGUGUGGCUGCUCUUGUGUUGACACAAGGUGUGAGACAAAAGUGUGUGGGAUUGAGUACUCGACUUUGGAUCAAGCCUUCACUUGUCCUGUUCCCCAUCCUGUGAAUUGGCCACCUUUUCUGCAAAUUCCAGCUCCAGAAUUUCGUGCUUCUAGAACUGAUUUUACUCCAUUUUUAGACUUGCCAGAUGACUCCUGCAAAAUGACAGGAUCUUGUCCCGUAACUAUAAUUCUCACUGGGGGUAAUCAAUCUCUAGGGCAAAGCUUGGCAGGGAAUUUAUUCAUGGGUGCUUUCUCUCCAAAUUCCUCUCAUAUAUUUUCUAGUUUAACCAGUGUUCUCCUGGGUUCAUACUCAGAGCCAAAAAUCACCAAUUUUCUUGAACCAGCCUUUUUCUCAGGCCUUCCAGUCUAUAUCAUUCAACCUCAGUGUGCACCAAACUUUUCACUUUCUGUUCCGGACCCGAUAGCAUCUGAGACAAGGCAACAAGAGGUAAGAUGUGUGCAAGGUUUACAUUUAUGGCGUAAUAGUUCUUCAGAGGUAAAUGAUGAGUUAUAUAAGGGUUACCAACAAGGGAAUUCAGAGAGGAAGAUUAAUGAGUUUGUUGCAGCUUAUGAUUUCUUGGACACAAAUGAACAUAAUUUCAAUGUAAGCAUAUGGUACAACUCAACCUACAAGAAUGACAAUGGAAAUCCUCCUAAUUUGGUGCGCGUUCCACGCUCAGUGAAUAUGGCCUCCAAUGCCUACCUUCAGUUCUUUCGAGGUGCUGGAACAAAAAUGUUAUUUGAAUUUGUUAAAGAAAUGCCUAAACCUGGAAUAAAGCUUAGCUUGGAUUUCUCUUCUCUUCUUAGUGCACUUUUCUUUACAUGGGUCAUUUUGCAACUUUUCCCUGUUAUAUUGACAUCUCUUGUUUACGAGAAGGAACGGAAUCUAAGAAUCAUGAUGAAAAUGCAUGGCCUUGGGGAUGACCCUUAUUGGAUGAUUUCCUAUGCUUAUUUUCUUUUUAUAUCAUUGACUUACAUGUUAGUCUUUGUGAUGUUUGGCUCACUUAUAGGGAUAAAGUUUUUCACACUGAAUGACUACAGCAUACAAUUUGUCUUCUACUUCAUCUAUAUAAAUUUGCAAAUAUCACUGGCCUUUCUAGUGGCAACUGUUUUUUCAAAAGUUAAGACUGCUUCAGUAAUAGGGUACAUAUGCGUGUUCGGAUCAGGGCUUUUAGGUCGCUUUCUUUUUCAUUUCUUUGUUGAAGAUGCAUCCUUCCCUAGAGGCUGGAUUAUAGUUAUGGAGCUCUAUCCUGGAUUUUCUCUAUAUCGUGGACUAUACGAGUUUGGACAGUAUUCCUUUCUGGGAAGUUAUAUGGGGAUUGAUGGGAUGCAGUGGAAAGAUUUGAGUGAUAGCACGAAUGGGAUGGAAGAAGUCUUAAUUAUCAUGUUUGUAGAAUGGAUGGUAGUUCUUCCUGUUGCAUAUUAUUUAGAUCAAGUUUUAGCAUUAGGAAGUGGUGUUAGAAAGCACCCUCUAUUUUUCAUGGAAAAAUUUUGGAAGAAGCGCUCACCAUCUUUCCGAAGGCCCAGUUUGAGAAGACAGGGAUCCAGAGUUUUUGUUCAAAUGGAGAAAGCUGAUGUUUCCCAGGAGAGAGAGAAGGUUGAACAAUUACUACUUGAACCACGUGUAAAUCAUGCCAUCAUCUGUGACAACAUCAAAAAGGUGUAUCCAGGGAAGGAUGGAAAUCCUGAGAAAUUUGCAGUCAGAGGGUUGUCUCUUUCUUUGCCUCGAGGGGAAUGCUUUGGUAUUCUAGGUCCUAAUGGUGCUGGAAAAACUUCUUUUAUCAAUAUGAUGAUUGGGCUGAUCACUCCAACAUCUGGCACAGCAUUUGUUCAGGGAUUGGAUAUUCGGACUGAUAUGGACAAAAUAUAUACCAGCAUGGGCGUAUGCCCACAGCAUGACCUACUCUGGGAAACUCUAACUGGAAGGGAGCAUUUGCUAUUUUAUGGAAGACUGAAGAAUCUAAAAGGUGCUGCCUUAACACAAGCAGUUGAGGAAUCUCUUAAGAGUGUCAACCUAUUUCAUGGAGGUGUUGGUGAUAAACAAUCUGGGAAAUACAGUGGGGGUAUGAAAAGGAGGCUUAAUGUUGCCAUUUCACUGAUUGGAGAUCCUAAAGUUGUCUAUAUGGAUGAGCCUAGUACUGGAUUGGAUCCUGCCUCAAGAAACAAUCUGUGGAAUGUUGUUAAGCGUGCAAAGCAAGAUAGAGCCAUCAUUCUCACCACUCAUUCCAUGGAAGAGGCAGAGGUUCUAUGCGACCGUCUAGGGAUAUUUGUUGAUGGCAAUUUACAGUGCAUCGGAAAUCCAAAAGAGCUGAAGGCCAGAUACGGGGGAUCUUACGUGUUUACAAUGACAACAUCUUCAAAUCAAGAAGACGACGUGGAGAACUUGGUUCGCAGUCUCUCUCCAAAUGCAAACAAGAUAUACCAUAUAUCUGGAACCCAAAAGUUCGAAAUUCCGAAGCAAGAAGUAAAGAUUGCUGAUGUUUUCCAAGCAGUUGAGAAUGCAAAGAAAAUGUUCACGAUACAUGCAUGGGGUCUAGCUGAUACAACCUUGGAGGAUGUCUUCAUCAAGGUUGCUCAAGGGGUCCAGGCACUAAAUGUGCUAUCGUGAUUGUUGGGGAUGAUCCUUAUACUACUUAGUUUAAUCUUCUCCUCUAUGCUGAUAAUUUCUUUUAAUUCUUCGAUUAUGUAAAUGGUUUUGUAGAUCUUAUUAUAGUGACCUUGCAAGUAAUCCUCACUUCUGUUCAGUAUUUUACUCUGACGUACACUUUCUAUGGAAGUUAAUCUCUUUCUUUAGGCGUGGAAACCUCUAUGAAAGACAACGAUGUGCAGGAAUUGUUCCACAAAGCAAAAAGUGUAUAUUAGAUCGAACAUGUCAA